UUAGCGCUGGUGGGGGGACGAGAAGCAGGAGGCGGUGCUUUGCUGCUCCACUCUGACGUGACUCCAAACAAACUCGAGCCGCGUCCACCAAGCCACUGCCUCGUCCGGGGGUAUUUCAGCUCUACCAGUGGCGCUGUGAGGUGGAAGACAAGGAUGGGGUGCUGUGGGGACAAUGGAGGGCCUGUGCGGGAAGAGGAGCGGAGACUCACUGACGUUGUGUGGCUGGUGGCAUUCUUCCUGUUCCUUGUGUUGAUGAUAUUCAUUGGUGCCUUUGCCCUGGUGUUUGGUGAUCCCCUGCGGGUGGUAAAUGGCUAUGACAGUUUCGGCAACGUGUGUGGUAGUGACAAUGAGGACAUGAAGGGGCACCAGGAUUCCCUCAUAGUGUUUUCUGGACAAGAUGUGACAGACUACAGGUAUGUUUUGUUCUUCGAUGUCAAUGACCUGGAUGGCUCCCUCAAGACCUGUGUCAAGGAGUGCCCAGACAGGACUCUCCACACCCUGCAGGAUAUACAUGAUUUCUACAAGCGUACAGGAUCAAAGCUUUGCAGGUAUGACUAUGACAAGUAUGGUGAAGAUGUGAGGUGGGUGGAUAAGCUCUCCUACCCUUCUUUCAAUGCCAGUCUACUGCUCAACGACUGCCCCAAGCUGCCCAUCUUUCAGAGCAAGCCAGUAUUGAACCGGUGUGUCCCGCUGAAGGGAGAAGGCCUGCAGGGUGUGCUGUACAACCUGUAUGGCUACCUCAACACUAUGGAUGUGCUGGAGCAGGUGUUGGCUGACCUUUAUGCCUCCUGGCACCUCAUUCUCAUGUUCAUCUUUGUCACUUUAUUAUUGUCGUGCCUGGUGAUGCUGUGUUUGCAUGUGAUGGCCAGCAUUGUGACAUAUGCCAUUGUGGUCGCUGUGCUGCUGGUUUCCAUUGUGGCCUCAGUGUUGCUGUGGUGGAGUUACAUUAGUGUGCGGCUGCAGCUGGACAGCUCGCCGAUGGAACAGACUCUCAUGGAGACGGUGCGCAAUGAACGGGCUCUGCUGGUCUAUGCAAUCCUGUCCACUAUCAUCAUGGUCAUCCUCAUUAUCCUGGUGGUGUAUGUGAGGCCACACAUUGCCAUGGUAGCUGAGCUGUUCAAACACGCUGGAGGCUGCCUCACCCACCAUCCAACCCUCCUGCUGCAGCCCGUGGUCACCUUCAUUGUUCUGCUGGGCCUGUUCUUCCUGUGGGUGUGGGUGAUGGUGUCCUUAGCCACUGCAAAAAACCUGAGCAUAACCAGCCUCCAAUCACCACACCAAGAGAUGCUCCUGAACCACUCUGCUCAAGAAAGCAAGUCCUUUAACUCCUCUGCCAUCAUGAUACCCACUCCCCUUGAGGCACUGGAGUACAUGGACCCAACAUGGGUGCGCUCCCUGUGGUGGGUGUGGGUCAUCGGCCUGGUGUGGGUAGCAGAGUUCAUCCUGGCCUGCCAGCAAAUGAUCAUUGCCUCUGCUGUCUCCACCUGGUAUUUCUCAAGACAAGGGACAACAGGGAAAGGGAAGCACCCUGUGUGGUGGUCAUGGCGGACGCUGGUGAUGUACCACCUGGGCACCGUGGCCAAGGGCUCCCUGCUCAUCACUCUCUGCAAGCUGCCAAGACUCAUCAUCCAAUGGGCCACCAAGAAGUGCAAGGACCCAGAAAACAGCUGUGCCCGGUGUGGCCUGCGUGCCUGCAGCUGCUGCCUUUGGUGCUUUGAAAAUUUCCUCAAGUACAUGAACCACAAUGCCUACACUGUCACUGCCACCAGAGGCACACCCUUCUGCACUUCUGCCAAGAUUGCAUGGCAGGUAGUAGUGACCAACAUGCUGCAGGUGGCCACAGUGAACAGUGUUGGAGAUCUGAUGCUGUUCUUGGCCAAGGUCGCUGUGACAGGAACUGUGUGCUGCAUUGCCCUGCCGGUGCUGCAUGCUGACCCAACGCUCCACCUCUAUGCCAUUCCUCUCAUUGUCAUCGCUGUGUUUGCAUUCUUCAUUACCCACUGUGUUUUUUCUGUAUAUGAGAUGGCAGUGGACACCCUCUUCCUGUGCUUCUCUGACGACUACAACACCUAUGACACAACAGACGGCCGGGAGCUGGUGGCAGACAAGGAGCUGUAUGAGUUCAUGGUGAAGCAUGAAGACAUUGACUACAAGAAGAGCCACAAGUCCAGGCACAGUGAGGUUCCUGAGACCAUUCGGUUCAAGGAGGUUCAGGGAGCAGUUUGAGUGUGGGUGAGUUGAAGGGGGCUACUGCUCUCUGGGUGAGUCAUCCCUUGCUGAUACAGGAAGGGCUUGAUGUGCAUUAAGAUGUGUUUAGAGGAGAGAUAGGUUAAUAGUGACAGCUCCCUGCUCACUUUUUUGCUGCUAUGCAUCGAUAUUAUCCUACAUUAGAAGAUUAAGUGUCUAGUUUAUGAGUGUAAUUAUUAGUGUGAAAAAUUUAGUUGUAAUUGUCUUCAUGUGUAAGGGUAUGUAGGUGAAGCAUUGUUGCCUGAGUAGGAUGAAGUUUCUCGUGACAGCAGGUUUGUGUGGCGGUAACAAGUGGCUGGCUGGCCAUGCUCUCGGGGACAGUGGUCCUGCCCUGGCGGCCACAAGGGAAGAGGCUCCUUGUAGGCAUUAUUUUUUGCUUUCAACCAAAGCUUUACUGUGUUACUGUUAUUAUUUAUUCUUUACCUUCAUAUGUAUGUGAUAUUUUGUCACAUAUGCCAGUUUUCUAAAGAGCAAUUUGUGAGCUUCUUAUUUUUAAUGAUUGAUUCAUUCUUUGUAAUGCAUUUUAAAACCAAGUUAUGGACAAAAACUGAUAUAUGUGCUCUGCCAGUUUGCCUUGAAUUCUCUUUAGAUUAGUGCUGUAAAGUAUGUGGAUUAAGUAUAAAGUAAUAUGUAUGCUGUCAGUGGAAUAUUUUUAGUGAGUAAUGGGGAUUGUAAUGAAAAUGCUGGUGAAAGGGAACACCUCAGGACGCUGGUUGCUGUGACAGGGCAUUGGGGAGUCACAGCAACCAAAUGUGUAGCAUUGUGUCUGUGUAUAUGGAACAUUUUCACUUGCACACAUCAACAUAAAAGACUUCACAUGCACAAUGUAUCUUUGAUGGGUGUGGCAGAUGGGUGGGUCCCAUAGUGUAAUGUUACAUGUUAGAUCUGUGAUUUCCAGAUAUGUGAUAUUUGUGUUUAUUGUAUUUUUGUCAGUUUUGCGAGGAACUGUAGAAUUUCUGAUCAUUAUAAACACAAACAUGAUCUAUUUUUGUGCCACUAUUUAUGUACAAAGAAAAUAUUGUGCUGUUCUCAGAUAAUUUUGUGCAACGAAAGUGUUUUUGAUGAUUUCGUAAAGUGAAUGAAGUGUAUUUGUGGAGGUCAGCUAGUAGAGGGUCAACAAAUUCAUACAGCAAGUGAGAACUAUUAAGAAUAUUUUAUGGUUCUCAUGGUUAUUUUGUCCUGAAACAGUUAUGCAAAUUAAGUUAGGUGUGGCCUUCAGGCAAAGUGGAGGAACUUAUCUUUAUUAAGAUCCAUCCCUUUUGCAUUUUGUGGCCCUGUGAUGCCAAAAGAAAGAAAAUAAAGAUAAUUAUCAGGUUCCUAUGUAGUUCCUAUUUAUAUAACUGCUUUCUGAUAUAUAUCCAUACUGGGAGCUCCUCUGAUAUGGUUUUUUUUUUCAUGCUGGUGUAGAAAGCAUAAUUUAUCAGUGGGAUGGAUGCAGUCAUGAGGUAAUUGCCUGGUGGGAAAUGAAACAGCAGCGUUUUCUUUAUGGUGGUGAAGUGGCCAAGGUAGCAGCCCCCAUUAAGUGAUUCUUGUGGUUCAUGAUUGACUGCACUCUUCGUAUACAAAGCAGUUUUACAGAAUGAUGUUUUUUAGGGUUUAAUGGUGAAAAACUAAGACUUUUCUUAAACUUUUAAGGCAUAUUCACAUAGUUUUUCCAUGGCUAAAAAUUCAUGCUGUUAAUUUUCAUAAGCAUGUUCAUUUCUGAAGAACCAAGAAUGUACUAAUUAUGUCUUUAAUUCAGGAAUGUCAUCUAGUGUCUUAUUUUUACUCUGGAAAUAUUACUAGAAAAAAUAACAACUGUGGUAACUGUGUUGCGGAUAGUUUGUGUAUUGAUAAGUUUAAUACUACAUGUUGUGUUUACUUGUCAUUAACCAAUGGACCAACAUUCAUGCAUAGUACCUGCAAUCAGCUUUCAAUAAUAUGAACUGUAUGUAUCCUAACCAAUGAUCUCUAUGUGUUGGUGAAGUUUCCAAAGGAGCAUCACCAUGAGAUUGAUUGACUACUUACUAUGGGUCACUAGGAAGCUUAAGGUAUUAGCAGACCUCUUUGUUUUAUCAUGUGGUACUUGACACACAUUGAGGUGUGUUUUGAGGCUCUUUUAUCUCAUUAUUCAGUGAAGAUUUUGUGUCUUUGGGUUUGGAUGGUGUGAGGUAUCUUCAUGCUUAGUUGCACUCAUCACAAGGAAACAUGUAAUGAUAAGCUGCCGUGUCCUUUUGUCUGAGCUGCCAAGGUGAAGGUACACUCUUAGUUACAUAUUGUCUAGGUAGGUGAUAAGAGUUUAAUGAAUAAAAUUUAAUGUCUUAUUAGUAAAUGUGCUAUUGUACUUAAAAUGUGUGUUAUUGUUUUUUCUUUUACAAUAUAGGUGCUUGUGUACUUAUGCCCAAAUGCAACGAUGUGUAAGCUGCCUUUAGGUCAGAUAAAGGGAGUGUCUCAGUGUGUGGGUGAGCAAGGGCCAGCUAUCUUGUAGCUCCUGCUCAUCUCAGUUGUGCUCAGACCAGACCAGGGAAGCUGCUUGACCACAGCUUCCCAGAGUCAGGCCUUGGAACAUUUGCAUCCAGUACUGUUGUGAUGACUAUAUUUUUUUAUUAUUUUCCUUCACAUCGAAAAGUUAGCUCAUGUAAAAAUAAGUCCAGAUUAUCUUGUCAAAAUAUUUGCUGUUCAAAGUGCUCCACUCACAAGUGCUCGUAGUAUAGUUGUACUCUUGCUUGUAAGUGAUGUGUUAGUGAAUGACAGAAGGUCACACAGUUGUUUACUUAAUUUCCAAAUUACUCUUCAAACAAUUUACUUCAGGUUGAACAUCCAGAACAAAGUGUGUUUGACAAAAUACCUAAAGCAUUCCUUGUAUUGUUUCUUUGACAAAAAUAAUGAUUUUAACAUUACAGUAUUGUAAAAUGAACUUACAAAUGUCAGUGGGACCUUGUUAACAAAAUCAUGUUAACAGAACUAAUGUAAGAUGUAAUUAAUUAUAAUGUAUAAUCACA